UCUGGGAUCCAUUCACUCACUCCCAGCGAUGUGUGUUCAGUGAGUGCUUUUGCUUCCUGGCUGGUUGCUGUGAUCAUUCACAAGCCAGGGGACUAGUAGUGAUCUCUCUGCAAUGAGGAGUAUCAGGCUGAGUGGAGAAAGAGAUUUCUUUUCUCUGGAAGAAAACAAGCAGUUGAGGAUAUUUAAGGAUGAACUGCCCAGAUGUGUCUCCCACUUCUACUUUUCUCUUAGGAGUAAUGUGCUUGACAGCUCUCAGCAACUUUGCUAAGACUUCCUCAGACUUCUCAGGUUCUAUAUCAAGAGUGUUAAAGAAUUACAGUGACCAUGCCUGCGAUGGAGAAUAUGUCUCCCUGAGAUGCCCUCACAGAACCACCAUCAGCAUCCAGUCGUCCUUUUAUGGCCGAAUUGUGCCAAGUCAUCAGAUGUGUCCCUCCCGAUACCUACAGUCCUAUGCAACUUUAAUUAAGGAAGAUGUUGCCUGUUCAGUUGGUACUUCCCUUCAGAAAAUGCUGGAUGAGUGCCAGGACAGACGGAGCUGCCAGUUCCUUGUCAAUAGCCGGCUGUUUGGUCUAGACCCGUGCCCUGGAACCGGCAAGUACCUCAUCGUAUGGUACAAGUGCAGGCCAAAUGAGUACAAGAGUAAAGUAGCCUGUGAAGACGACAAGCUGAGACUGAGCUGUCAGAAAAACAUGGUCAUAGCCAUUUACUCCGCUAUUUUUGGAAGAACUCAAGGAGGCAGCUUGGAAUGCCCCUACCAGAAUUUAGGGAUGCCUACGAUAGAGUGUCAGUCAGCCACGGCUCUCCAGCUCAUGACCAGACGCUGCCAUGGAAAAAGAAGCUGCAGUGUGUAUGCCAGCACCUAUGAAUUCGGUGAUCCUUGUUACCCAGGUGUCCACAAGCACCUCAAUGUUAUCUACACCUGUGUUCCCAAGAAGCUUCUGCAUGAAACCCAGCCAAAACCAACCAACUACCAAGGAAUUCAGCAACCACAUUUUCCACAGCAGCCAAGAGCGUAUGAUCCUAAUGUUAUAGGGGACGGCGUGUUCUUUCCUGAGGUCUCACCGUCCAUUCUAGAGCGCGUUCUGCCAGAGAAGAAGAAAGGGAGGUCGGCUGCCUUUUACCCGCUAGACAACACCCCCUUGCUGCUUCCCGUGGAUGAGACACAGCGGCCAGUGGAUAACAGCAGCAUGGAGCCCGUGGGCGUUAGCACAGAGAUGGCUUUGCUCAGCAACAUCCUAGCAGCGUAUUCCUUUAUCACAGAAAAUCCUGAGCGUGCCGCUCUGUAUUUCGUCUCUGGGGUAUGCAUCGGACUCAUCUUGACCCUGUUGGCCUUGGUGCUGAAGGUGUCCUGCCGAACUGACUGCAAGCAAUCCCCGGGGAAAAAGCCACCUCGGGAGCCGGAGAGCGACAGCGACAGCAGUGACAGUGAGGAUGAUUCGGACACCACUUCGGACCUGUCGGCCCGCAGGCACCGCAGGUUCGAAAGGACUUUGAACAUGAACGUCUUCACCUCGGCCGAGGAGCUGGAGAGGGCUCAGAGGCUGGAAGAGCGAGAGCGCAUCAUCCGGGAGAUAUGGAUGAAUGGGCAGCCGGACAUUCCGGGGACCAGAAGCCUGAACCGCUACUACUAAGUGUUGGGAAAUCCCACAGGCCGGUACUGCAGCCUAGGUCUUCCUGGGCCUGCUAAAGAGGAGAGAGAGGAAAGGAGUGUUACAUUGGAGUCUCCCCUUUUCCUUUCAGAAGGGCUAACUGGAGCAGCGUGGAUGGACAGCAAUAAAGCUUUCACCUUCCCCUUUUCCCUGACAUAUUGCUACCGACACCAGGAAAUCACCCCCCAGUAUUUUCUCUCUGGAAUCAGUCUGGUUACAGCAGAGGUGGAUGCCAGCUUCUCUUCUUGGUGUAGUUCAACGGUGGGUGGAAGGCAUGCAAGUAAAGCCCUCCCCCAGCUCUUGGAAGUUGAACAUGCUACGGUACAAACGCUGCUCUCAUGCUUGCCAGGGAAACCAUCAGUGUUCUGCUUUCCCCAAAGACUUCAGGAGAAUCGAAAGCAAACUGAGACUGUGUGUCCACCAAAGGAAAGAUAACAUGGGGAGGGAGGCACAAGCGCAUGAUGAAUGACUGUCUUGUGACUUUAUAAGAUGUGGGGAUUCUUAUGCCAUGAAAUCAUCUUGGUGCUUGGACGUUCAACAGUGUGUCCUGUUAUUUAAGAUGGUGUUUUAAUCUGCUGGCAGCAUUUUUUUUAUUGACACCUCAGGGAUAAAAUCCUUUUUUAAAAAGAUGUUUCCCCUUCUUCUUCCCCACAAACCAAUCUGCUCCCACCAGGGAAAUUAUGGUAUUAUAGGAGAUGUGUCAGUGAUCAGUGAAAUGUUAAACAGCCUCAAAGAGGUUGAAAGGGGUUUUGUUUGUUUUGAAUUGAUAUAUAUAUAUAUAUAUAUUUGAAGAGGCUGCACAGCAAUGUGCCUUAUUCUUUUUUAUUGUUAAACUACAGUUUUCCAUGGAUAGUGAUGCACAAUGUUUUAUAUAUUUUAUUAAAAAAAUAAAAGAAAAGGUUUGUAUUUACAAGAGGAAAACGGGGAUGAAAUGGGUCAAAUACGCCAGGAGGAUGGGAAAUAAAUGCGAAAUAAACUCUGCUUUGUUUA